GUGCAGGAUCUUUGGAAAUGUCUUUUUUCAAGAAGUGCUUUCUCAAGUUUGGACAUUGUCGUGUUUGGUUGUUAUGUUUAUUGCUGGUGAUUAAUGAGUAACUGCAGAAACCACAAGGAGAGGGUGUGUUGAUCUUCUCAUUGAGUAAUAAAGUGACGUUUGGCUGCAGUCUCAGUGUUCGACGAGCUUUUCAUGAGGUGGUGCCCACUGCUCAUUCUCUGACCUUCAACUUUAAACUUAUUUUAAUAAUCCUCUGCAGAUGAUCUGUCUGCCACUUAGACUGUAUUGUCUUCUUCUGUGGUCAUGAGCUCCAUCAGCAGCUUCUCUAUUCUUCUCAUUUGUUUGUGCAUUUUCCUACCAGUGCAUUCUCUGGGUUCAGCUGGUUUUGGCAGCAGCACCAGCCUGUGGGGCAAGAAGUUGAAGUUCGGUGGCCCUCCCUGUCUGUGGCAACUUCAACCACAUGUUGCUAUCCCAGCCCUGAAGGAACUGACCAUAUGCGUGUCUUUAAAGCGCAAUUAUACAACAGAAUGGCGAGCAUUUGUUUACAAAGCUCCAAAAAACGCUCACAUAGAGCUGGGACUCGGGGGCAAAGGCCCACAAAUUACAGUGUGGAUGUUUGGGCGGCAGUGGCACUUCCUUAAGUGGCUGAAGCUGAAUGAGUGGUACUCCAUCUGUCUGACCUGGUCCAGCAGAGCUCGGCGGCUCAGGGUCUACAUCAAUGGAAUGGUCCAGCUUGAGUCCCCCCUGUACCCCAAUCUUCCCCUUUGGCUGGCUGGUAAUGGCACUCUCACUCUGGGGGUGUCUCAUUAUGUUGCUGCCAACAACGAGGUGAGACCAGAAAGUGGGAGUAAUCUGUUGGGUGAGAUAGGUCUGUUCAGAAUGUGGAGCAGGGAGUUGGGGGCAGCAGAGCUGUGGGGCUUGGGCUGCACAGACGGAGACGUGGUGAGCUGGGAUCAGCGGCAGUGGAAGAACACCUGUCCUCCUGAGCCCGACCACGACCUUCACUGCUUAUGGUCCCAUUUCAAGAUCAAAAUGUGGGUCUCCAUGUUUGAUGCCGCAAACCGUGGAAACUGCUCAGUGCCGUUGGAUGAAAUUACAAGAAAUUGGUUAAAAAGCAUUUUUCCUUCAGUCAUUUCAAUCCAGGAUGUUUUUGUAUCACUCCCAAGGCAAAGCUGCCCCCUUGGUUUUAAUGCUACUGACUUGCAUGAUCCACAAACCCAGUCUCUGGAGAAAUUCUCCUUUUCCCCCUGUCAUACGUGUUUCAGUUGUGAGGUCUAUGUGAAGGUGGAGCCUUCAGCCAGAGUGGAAGUGGUGCAGAGAAACAUGACUGCAUUACUAAGGUCAAAGGUCCCCAACAAACUAUUCCACCUUAGAGUUGACCCCUACAGCAUUACUGUGCUCUCUGUGGAUGUAUUUUCUCUGGAAACAGAACCUACAUCAACUAUUCACCCAAAUCAGACAAUUUCAGAAACAAGCAGUGUGUCAUUGCAGCCCAAUAAUAGCACAUCAACUACCAAUGACGUCUUGCGCAACAAUAACAGUUUGGUUCAAUCAGACCAAUUCUUUCGAGUCAAUUUGACCUUAAAUAUGACGGGUAACCCAUCACAUCCUGAGGACUUCAUUGAGACAUGGGUAAAAAUGCAGCUGGAGUGGAGUAAGAUCAUAAUUGUGCUGAAUUUCAUCAUAAAGGAGAACAACUUCAGGAGCCCUGGAUUAAUGAUUUCCCACGAACAGCCAAAAGAAUACUUCUGCACUUUCCACAUUCAGGAAUAUGGCAUGACCAGUGUGGAAGACACUCAGCUUUUCAUUCAUGCUGCCUUAUCGUCAAAGUACGAAAAUGGUUCCACUACCAUUCAAACAAGCAUCAUACAAAUCAAACACAUAGAGCCAGAAAACUGUUUGGAAGAACCAACACCGACCGUCUAUGGGCUGUACAUCUGGCCGGAGACGUUCCCACAGCAGAUCCAGGAGAUGGGAUGUUACAAGCCAAUAUCAGAGAGAGCCUACAGACUCUGUAAAUUACACAUUGAAAAUGACACGACCAGCUGGAUGGAUCCAGACAUGACAAACUGUGAACAGCUUGUGACCAUUUCUGAUAUAGGAAACAUCACGGUCACUCCUGAGAAUGUGGCUGAUGUGGUGGAAAUAAUCCACGAUCUUGUCACUUCCCACUUGGGCAAUGUUACCUAUCUCCCCUCCAUGGUGUUGGGAUCAGUCGUGGAGAAGCUCAUUGAGGUGGUUCGUGUAGGCAUCAUCAAGCCUGCCAUUGCAGCAAGAAUUGUCAACAUUGUUGCCAAUGUCCUGCUCUCUGAAUCUGAUGUUGGCUUGUUUUGCAACAAUUUCCUCGAGCUGACAGAGAGUAUGGGGAACACGAUGCUCUUUCAAGGUGAAUCUGCCACCAUAACAGCCCCUUCUCUGGCACUAUCUGUGGUUAAUGUGGAUCCAGAGGAAUUCAGAGGCCUCACCUUUGGUGCAUCUCUUACAUCCGCAAUGAACCCCGAGGUGUUUGUCAACCAGAGCUUUGUGAGUGAACCCUUCCCUGAGGCAAACGCAACCAUCUCUUUACCCUCUGAAAUCAACAACUUCUUCCCCCCUGGAGAGAAAAAUACAACCCGUGUUCAGUUCCAGUUUUAUGGAACAAAGAACCUCUUUCAGGAUCCUGAAUUAAUCAAUCAAACAGGCAGCUUGAUUAUAAAUUCUUACAUAGUGUCUGCCAGCAUCAAUGACAGCUCGGUCAUGAACCUGGAAAACCCUGUGGUGGUGACUUUCAACCACCAGGAACCAAAACAGACAGAGGACAAAGUCAUAUGUGUGUUUUGGGAUUUCUACAAAAACGACGGACUUGGUGGCUGGAACAGCAGCGGCUGUGAAACUCAGAAGACUUCUUCCUAUCAGACCAGCUGCCUCUGCAACCAUCUCACCCAUUUUGCCAUCCUGAUGGAUGUCUCCAGAACUCCUGUCAGCAAAAAUCACAGUGAGAUUAUGACAAUCAUCUCAUAUAUCGGUUGUGGCAUAUCAGCCAUCUUUCUGGGCAUCACUCUACUCACCUACCUUAUUUUUGAGAAGUUACGUCAGGAUUAUCCAUCCAAGAUACUCAUGAACCUUGCUGCUGCCCUGCUGGGGCUGAGCAUGCUCUUCCUUCUGAACUCUUGGCUCUCAUCCUUCUCCAACUACGGCCUGUGCAUCACCACUGCUGCAGCCCUGCACUAUUUCCUGCUGGCCUCCUUCACCUGGAUGGGCUUAGAGGCCGUGCACAUGUACUUUGCACUAGUCAAAGUGUUCAACACCUACGUGCCGUUUUAUAUCCUCAAAUUCUGCGCUGUGGGGUGGGGUAUUCCUUUAGUGAUAGUCAUGCUGUUACUGGCCAUAAAUAAAGAUGCAUACGGCGGCUAUGAGUCUGAUGAAGCAGCAGUGGGGCUUCAAUCUGUUGAAUCAUGCUGGCUGCGGGAUGACAUUUUCUUCUAUGUGACGGUGGUAGCGUACAUUCUUCUGAUCCUGCUGUGCAACAUCUUUGUGUUCACUGUUGUUCUGAUCCAGAUAAAGCAAAUGAAGGCCAAUAAGAUUUCAGCAAAGGGCCGCAGUUCUCUGAAGGACCUGAGAGCAGCUGCUAGUCUCACAGUGCUGUUAGGCCUGACUUGGAUAGUGGGGUUCUUUUCAAUCGGGCCUGCUAGAGUGGUUAUGAUGUACAUGUACAUCAUCUGCAACUCCUUACAAGGGUUGUUUGUGUUUGUGUUCCACUGUCUGAUGAAGGAAAACGUGAGGAAACAAUGGCGAAUGUACUUGUGCUGUGGUCGUUUCAGACUCGGUGAUAACUCAGACUGGAGCCAAUCCGGCUCAGUGGGUGGCUGCAACAAAAAGAGGAACCUGGCUAACUCAGAUUCGGUUGAGUCUGACAAAAGCUCCUCCUUCAGGUCUCUUACGCCUCCUUAGUAGGGUCAGCAGCACCUCCAGGGGGCAGGAGAGCGCCUCAGGACGGCUCUUCUGGUCAUUUUGCUUCUCUGAACAUGUUUUCGUUUUUACUCCAUGAAGGCUCAGAUUUUUUUCGUUUUACAAUUUCCCUAAACUUUAAAUGUUAAGAUGGCAACUAGAGGAAGAAUAGUUCUUUAAGUUGCAAGACUGAAGCCUUGCACUUCCUGUUCAUAUUUGUCAAUCCCUAGUUUUAGGGAUUGGUUACACAGGGUUUUUACCGAAUGUAUUUCAUUAAAUAGUUCUCAAAGUUGAUCUUAAUGAAUAUGACAAUGGUGACUGGUGAUAUGUCUGAAGUUCACCCUCUCUUUGGCCAAACUCUGAGAGGCUUCACCUAACCAUGGGUCUCAGACUCCAACAUGUGCUGGUAUUUCAGAAAUGCUGCCUCAUCUGCUCCUGGUUACCUGGAUCAGGUGUGUUUAGCCAAUAAGCAGCGACAUUGGCACGUUAUCAAACAUGUAUGACCCCAGCUAGAACUGAGCAGUCUUAGAAAAUGAAUGGAUGACCAGAAUGUUUCUUUUCACACCUGCUCUUAUUGGUAUUGUAUAUUUCCAGUAUUACGUUUUUACAUAUUAUUUCACAAUAAAACGUUGUGCUUUCAAAAAA